AUGGCGUCUCCAGCUGUUCCAUUUGUGACCUCUGCGCCUGGAAAGGUCAUCCUUUUUGGAGAACACUCAGCGGUGUAUAACAAGCCUGCAAUAGCAGCUGCGUUGUCGCUUAGAACGUACCUUUUGGUCACGAAGAAUCCUGAUCCCUCUCUGAUUUCUCUCGAAUUCAAAGAUAUCGGUUUUUCGCAUAGCUGGAAGAAAGCAGACUUGCCAUGGCAUCUCAAGCAGGACGCGAACCAUAAACCCACUCCUUCAGAAGAACUAGAUCCCGAAUUAGUAGAUGGCGUUUCGAAACAUCUCACAGGGCUGAAAGAUCCACUUCAAUAUAGCGCAGCAUAUGCCUUUUUGUUCUUAUACAUGAGUAUGUGCUCUAAAGGCUUGGAAGGUCUGGUGUUCACAGUUAGGUCAACCUUGCCCAUUGGAGCAGGAUUGGGAUCCUCGGCCUCAAUCUCGGUGUGUUUGGCCUCUGCCUUUGCAAUUCUGGGAAAACACAUACAGAAUCCUUCUCUGAAGGAAUCCGAUAUUACUGCGGAAGAUUCUGAAGAUUGCAAGUUUAUCGAUGCUUGGUCUUUCAUGGGAGAGAAAUGUUUGCACGGUAAUCCCUCUGGUAUUGAUAAUGCUGUGGCCACUCAUGGUGGGGCUGUUAUGUUUCAGCGGAAGGAGAGCUCUGUUCCGAGCGUGCGGACUUCUAUGAGAAACUUUCCUUCCUUGAAACUCUUACUCACAAACACAAAAGUUCCUAGAAGAACGGCUACUUUGGUGGGAAACGUUUCCUCUUUGGUGUCGGAUUAUCCUGUGACUCUUGGCUCCAUACUGGACGCAAUGGAGAGUUUGACAAGAGAAGCGUAUAAUCUGAUGCUGCGUCCGUUUUUUGACGAAUCUGCCAAAUCAAAGUUGAGAGAACUGGUCAGAAUCAACCAUGGCCUUCUCGUAGCAUUGGGAGUAUCUCAUCCGUCUUUGGAGAAAAUCAAACAGUUCUCAGAUGAGCUUGCAGUUGGUGAGACCAAGCUCACUGGUGCUGGUGGAGGGGGUUGUGCAAUUACUUUGCUAAAGGAUUCGGUUGAACACUCAAAGAUUGCUAAACUUGUGGAGAUGUUCGAGGAGGCCAACUUUGAAUGUUAUGAGACCAUGCUUGGUGGUAAAGGUGUGGGUAUGCUGGUUGCAAACGACGCUGCUAUUAAGGAGCUGCUCACAGUGGAGAACUUCAUUCAAUUUAAGAAUAGAAAGGAGAUCGAAGAUACAAUAGGUACUUCCACUCUCGAAUGGAGGUAUUGGUGA